AUGGAUCCCCCGGCGGCGGCGGCGGCGGCGGCCGCGGCGGAGGCGGAGGAGGACCUCCUGGAGGUGCGGUGCCCCGGGUGCGGGGAGACGCUGGAGGUGGAGCGCGGGCUGGCGGAGUUCGCCUGCCCGGACUGCGCCACGCCGCAGGCGCUCCCGCCGGAGCUCAUGCCGCCGCCGCCGCCGCCGAGGCGCCGUCGCGCGCUGCCCCUGACGCCUUCCGCGCCGGCCAGCGCGAGGCUUCCGUGCGGGUCCUGCGGGGCGAUGCUCGGCGUGCCGCCGGGGCUCGCGCGCUGUGGCUGCCCGGUCUGCGGCGCCGAGCUCGCUGUCGCCCCCGCGCGCCUCCGCCGGUACCUCCUGUCCGUCGCCACCGCGCCGCUCGUGCCGGUCUCGCUGCCGCCGGUCUUCCGGGCCCUGGAGGUACGCGAGCAAGCGACUCGUUCCUGCCGCCCCCGCGGGAUGGCUACGCUACUGUGCCUGCACUUGCUAUCUCGUCCAAAUAAAAUCGGUAGCCUUCGCACGGAGUGUUGGUCUGUAGCCUUCGCACCGCCAAUUUUGUGGGAUGGCAAGACUAUCCUGAUUCUGCAGUUGGUCUGGGACAUAUUCAAGGGCAUCCAAAUAAUCAACUGGGCCAUUCAGAACAAUCACAGGACAGACGUCAAAAUACGGUCAAAAUACGGUCAAAAUACGCAGGCAUUCAUGGAGUUUCCUGAUGCUGGCACUGAUAGCGAUAUGGAUACUGAAAUGUCAAAUGAGAUUAAUGAAAUGCCCUGCCAUAGGAAUGGAUUCCCAGUUGCUGUUAGAUCUGUUGGUGCAAAGGGGAGACAACUGGAAACUUUGAACCAUGUCACCUGUCAGGCACAUGCGCAGCAAUCCGAUCAUUCAGUUCAUGCAGAACAUCCUUCAGACCAUACAAUUGAUGUCAGGGAGGUAAAAGAUGUGUCUGCUAAUCAUGCAAUUCACAGAGGUCUGGGGCAUGUUGAGCCGGUUAAGGAGAAAACUGUUGUAAGACACACCGAUCAGGUAACUGGUACUGCUAUUGGCCCCAAAUCUGUAAGUGUGGAGAAGAGGCAGGUUCAAACACCAAAACAGAUCACACGGGACAGACAGCAAAAGACCAGACCUCCUAAACUACUUAAUCCUAUUGAACAAGACCCAGAACACUCCAAUGGUAAUAUCCAGGUAGAGCAGGAUGAAGCUGACAUGGGCCAGCUGCCACUACAUACUACGAAUCUCCUGCAAACGAAUCUGAGGAAAAUGAGGCUGCUUCUCCAAGUCAAACUAUAUCUGAUUCUCAAGACAUUGAUGGAGUCAGCAAUGAUAUUUCCUCUAGUUCAUUGGCCUCAGCACAGCAUGCCUCAUAGAAGAUCCAAUGAGGCAGACAAUUUGCAUGCUACAACACAGUCAGCUUCAAUUCCUGAUACGUCUGAUCCUGAAAGUUUUGCAUGUUAUUACAGUAAAACAUACCCUCCAGAGGUUAGAAGAGCUCUUGAAAGGAAUCCUAAUUUCAGGCAUGCUGGUGGCAAGGAAAAGAGAAAACACGGCAGCCGUGGUCCUACACUCUGCCUUAAAGUCUGGACCAUGCCUGAGGGUGUAAGGAUUCAAGUGCCCUUCAAUGAUCUAGGCCAACCUAUCGGAGACGAAGCAGGCACGUUGAGUAGCUUUCUGGGACAAAUCGCACGUGAUGGAACAGUGGCACCUCUGACGUAUACAGAUUGGAGGUAUUUUCCAGAGAAAAACAAGAAAGCAAUUAUGCAUUUAGUUAAUCUCAAGUUUGUGCUCCCUCCAAUUGGUCAAAUCUGGUCUAUGAAUGCUUUGGGAAAAAAGUGGAAGGACUGGAAAGUUGUCUUAAAACAUGAACGAUAUGAUGUCCAUGAGACAGAUGAGGAACGACUUGCCGAUCGAGAUUUCCGUGUCCCAGAAGAACAAUGGAAAGUCCUUGUGGCAUAUUGGGGUACUGAGAAAGCCAAGGCCGCAAGUGCUCGAUGUAAAGCUUCUCAAGAACAACAUCCUCGUGAUAGUCAUCAUAGAACUGGAUCGAAGAGCUACGCCCGGAUACAAGAGGAAGAGAGGCGGAAGCGACCAAACAUGGCGGAACCAAGCCUCACAGAUAUAUCUAAACCGACUCAUGCUCCCAAAGAUGGUGGUUCUGCCAAAGUCGGCGGUCCAGACCAGUGAACUUAUGGGCGUGUGCUCUAUCAGUGAGCUUUGUGGAAAGGCGGGUGCUAAACUGAAGGCUUAGGAUCCAGAUGGGUUUUGGAGGAAGAUGCUGGAAGUGGAAGAAAAUUGCAUGAGGAAGAUGCUGGAUCUUGUUGUGCUCUUCACCUAGCUGACUGUGAUUUGUAUCUUGGGACUAGGGAUCGUAUAGAUGUGAUGUGGCUUCCUAAACAUCUAGGGUAGGCACUAUGUAAUGUUCACUAGCUGGAUAAUACUACUGAUAUUAUUGCAUCUUUUGCUACUUCUCGUUC